CCGCCUGGAUGUGCGCGGAGGCGGCGCCCGGCUGCGCGCGGGGCCCCGCCAUGGCCCUGGCCUUCUGCGGCGACGAGGGCAACUCCACCGCCUACAACGUGGACCACGGCGUGCUCAACAACGGCUGCUUCGUGGACGCGCUCAACGUGGUGCCGCACGUCUUCCUGCUCUUCAUCACCUUCCCCAUCCUCUUCAUCGGAUGGGGAAGUCAGAGUUCCAAAGUUCAUAUUCACCAUAGCACCUGGCUUCAUUUUCCGGGCCACAAUUUACGCUGGAUACUGACUUUCAUCCUCUUGUUUGUGCUGGUGUGUGAAAUUGCAGAGGGCAUAGUAUCUGAUGGGGUUUCAGAAUCCCGCCAUUUACAUCUGUACAUGCCGGCUGGGAUGGCAUUCUUGGCAGCCAUCACAUCUGUUGUUUAUUACCAUAAUAUUGAAACAUCUAAUUUCCCGAAGUUAUUAAUCGCCUUGCUGUUCUACUGGACUUUAGCUUUCAUAACUAAAACCAUCAAAUUUGUAAAGUUCUGUGAUAAUGAUGUUGGAUUUUCUCAGCUUCGAUUUUGCCUCACGGGACUCCUGGUUAUUCUAUAUGGAAUGCUACUAGCUGUAGAAAUCAAUGUCAUCAGGGUGAGGAGGUAUGUUUUCUUCAAAACUCCUAAAGAAGUUAAACCUCCUGAGGAUCUCCAAGAUCUUGGAGUUCGAUUUCUACAGCCAUUUGUGAAUCUGUUAUCCAAAGGAACGUAUUGGUGGAUGAAUACAUUCAUCAAGACUGCUCAUAAAAAACCAAUAGACUUGAAAACCAUAGGCAAGCUUCCCAUUGCCAUGAGAGCUCUGACCAAUUAUAUCCUCCUUAAUGAGGCUUUUGAAGCACAGAAGAGCAAAAGGUCAUCUUUUCCACAAGGAUCUGGGUCAAUUUGGCGUGCGCUUUGCUGUGCUUUUGGAAGACCUUUACUCCUCAGUAGCACAUUCCGUAUUCUGGCUGACUUGCUUGGAUUUGCUGGUCCACUCUGCAUCUCUGGGAUCGUUCACAAUGUUGGAAAAGGAAAUAACACUAUUCGCCCACAGACUAAAAUUCUUGGUGUUUUCUUUAUUUCAUCUCAAGAGUUCCUGUCCAAUGCUUAUGUCUUGGCUGUACUCUUAUUUUUUGCCCUUCUGUUGCAAAGGACGUUUCUCCAAGCAUCAUACUAUGUUGCUAUUGAAACGGGAAUCAACUUGAGAGGUGCAAUACAGACAAAAAUAUACAAUAAAAUUAUGCAGCUCUCAACUUCUAACAUGUCUAUGGGAGAGAUGACUGCAGGCCAGAUCUGUAACCUGGUUGCCAUCGAUACAAAUCAGCUGAUGUGGUUCUUCUUCCUCUGCCCUAACCUCUGGGCUAUGCCAGUACAGAUAAUCGUAGGAGUUCUUCUGCUCUACUACCUUCUUGGAAUCAGUGCCUUAAUUGGAGCAGCAGUAAUCAUAGUACUUGCACCUGUUCAGUACUUUGUAGCAACAAAACUCUCACAGGCCCAGAGAAGCACACUGGAGUACUCCAAUGAGAGACUGAAGAAGACAAAUGAGAUGCUUCGAGGCAUUAAGCUCCUUAAACUCUAUGCCUGGGAACACAUCUUUCACAGCAGCGUAGAGGAAACAAGACAAAAAGAAAUGACUAGCCUCAAGGCUUUUGCCCUUUAUACCUCUGUAUCCAUCUUUAUGAAUGCAGCAAUACCAAUUGCAGCUGUACUUAUAACAUUUGUGGUCCAUGCUCAUCUGACAAGAAAUGCUGACUUCUCCCCAUCUGUGGCCUUUGCCUCCAUCUCUCUAUUUCACAUUCUUGUGUCUCCCUUGUUUCUGCUCUCCAGUGUGGUCAGAUCUACAGUCAAAGCAUUAGUAAGUGUGCAGAAACUGAGUGAAUUCUUGUCAAGUGAAGAAAUUGGAGAAGAGCAUGAUAAAUCUUCAGAGCUAAGAAGUGCAGAUAAUCACAGCAAAUACCAGGCAGUGCCACUCAAAGUUGUUAACCGCAAGAGGCCUGCCAGGGAGGACUGGAACAAUUACAGCUCUCAUAUGAGAAGACCCAUUAACAUCACAGAAGCGGAUGAUUUUUGUGUAAAGAUCACAAAUGGAUUUUUCACUUGGACACCUGAGGGUCCUCCAGCGUUGUCCAACAUUGAUAUCCGAAUCCCUCAAGGUCAGCUAACAAUGAUUGUAGGACAGGUCGGCUGUGGUAAGUCAUCUCUCUUGUUAGCCACGCUUGGUGAGAUGCAGAAGAUCUCUGGCAACAUAUUCUGGAGCAGCAGUCCUUCUGACAGCGAGACGGGGGAAGAUGUCAGCCCAGAGAAAGAAUCUUCUGUUGACACGGAAUUCAGGAAAAGAGGAUCAGUAGCAUACGCAUCACAGAAGCCUUGGUUGCUCAAUGCCACAGUGGAAGAGAAUAUCACAUUUGAAAGCCCUUUUAAUAAACAGAGGUACAAAGCAGUAAUUGAUGCUUGUUCCCUCCAGCCUGAUAUUGACAUUCUCCCUCAUGGAGACCAAACCCAGAUUGGAGAGAGGGGUAUUAAUCUGUCUGGAGGGCAGCGCCAACGUAUCAGUGUGGCGAGAGCACUUUACCAGCAGACAAAUGUGGUGUUCCUGGAUGAUCCAUUUUCCGCACUGGAUAUCCACCUAAGUGACCAUCUCAUGCAAGAAGGGAUCCUGAAAAUGCUAAGGGAAGAUAAGCGGACCAUCGUGCUGGUAACCCAUAAGCUGCAAUACCUGCCCCAUGCAGACUGGAUAAUUGCAAUGAAAGAUGGCUACAUCCAAAGAGAAGGAACGCUCAAGGACAUUCAGAAAUCAGAGACUGAGCUCUUUGAACACUGGAAAACUCUAAUGAAUCGACAAGACCAAGAGCUGGAGAAGGAGACUAUAAUUGAAAGAAAAAGUGUUCUGGAAAGAACAAAUCUCCGGAGGACUAUGUACUCCCGUGAAGCUCUGCUGAAAGAUGAUGAUGAUGAUGAAGAAGAAGCAACAGAAAGUGACGACGAGGACAACCUCUCGUCGGUGCUACAUCAGAGAGCCAAGAUGCCCUGGAGAGCCUGUGGGAAGUACCUCAGCUCGGCGGGAAUCCUCCUCUUGCCACUGCUGGUUCUGUCCCAACUGCUGAAGCACACGGUGAUGGUGGCCAUCGACUACUGCCUGGCGCGCUGGACCUCCGAUGCCAUCGCGGGGAAGACGGAGCUGGAGCCGAGGAACUGCUCCACGUGUGAGGAUUUCAACCAUUCCCCAUAUUCAAAAGUUUUCAGCAUUCUCUGCUGUCUUGGGAUUGUAUUAUGUCUUGUCACAUCAAUAGCAGUGGAGUGGACUGGCUUAAAAGUCACCAAAAAGCUGCACUCUUCAUUACUAAAUAAGAUUAUUUUGGCACCAAUGAGAUUUUUUGAAACGACACCUCUGGGUAGUAUAUUGAACAGAUUUUCAGCUGACUGCAACACCAUUGACCAGCACAUUCCUGCUACCCUGGAGUGCUUGAGUCGCUCCACCUUGCUGUGUGUAUCUGCUCUUGCCGUCAUUUCAUACGUCACGCCAAUGUUUCUCAUUGCCCUGGUUCCCCUCGCAAUCAUGUGUUACUUCAUACAGAAAUACUUCCGAGUCGCAUCACGGGACCUGCAGCAGCUGGAUGACAGCACUCAGCUACCAUUACUUUCCCAUUUUUCAGAGACUGUUGAAGGCCUAACCACCAUCAGAGCUUUCAGGUACGAAGCCAAAUUUCGACAAAAGCUUCUUGAAUACACAGAUUCCAACAACAUUGCUUCCCUUUUCCUUACAGCUGCCAAUCGCUGGCUGGAAGUCCGCAUGAUGCAGUGGAUAAGCGCCCAGUACCAAUCGCUGUGCCAGCCAUGGCCCUGCUCACAAAGAGGACCACAUGAGCACUUCCCUAACCUACUUCAGGAGUACAUUGGAGCAUGUGUGGUACUCAUAGCCGCUGUCACUUCUAUUACCAAUUCCCUGUAUAAUAAACUCUCUUCAGGACUUGUAGGCUUGGGACUAACCUAUGCUCUUAUGGUGUCUAACUAUUUGAACUGGAUGGUUCGUAACCUGGCUGACAUGGAGAUCCAGCUGGGUGCAGUGAAAAGAAUCAAUGGCCUUCUCAAAACAGAAGCUGAAAAUUAUGAAGGGCUCCUUUCUCCCUCACAGAUUCCCCAGAACUGGCCAGACAGAGGUGAGAUCCAAAUCCAGAAUCUCAGUGUCCGUUAUGACAGCAACCUAAAGCCAGUCCUGAAGCAUGUCAAUGCUCACAUCUCUCCAGGACAAAAGAUUGGGAUCUGUGGUCGAACAGGCAGUGGCAAAUCCUCCUUCUCCCUUGCCUUUUUCAGAAUGGUUGACACUUUUGAGGGAAGGAUUAUCAUUGAUGGUAUUGAUAUCGCUAAGCUCCCAUUACAGACGUUGAGAUCCAGGCUGUCAAUCAUUCUCCAAGAUCCUAUUUUAUUCAGCGGCACAAUCCGGUUUAACUUGGACCCUGAAAAGAAGUGCACUGACAGCAUGCUGUGGGAAGCAUUGGAAAUAGCACAGCUCAAGCAUGUGGUGAAAGCGCUACCUGGGGGGCUAGAUGCUAUAGUCACAGAAGGUGGUGAAAACUUUAGCCAAGGCCAAAGACAGCUGUUCUGCUUAGCAAGGGCAUUUGUGCGGAAGACGAGCAUCUUCAUCAUGGAUGAAGCCACAGCAUCUAUUGACAUGGCAACAGAGAACAUACUCCAGAAGGUAGUCAUGACUGCGUUUGCUGAUCGUACUGUGGUGACAAUAGCACACCGCGUGCACACAAUCCUGAAUGCAGAUUUGGUCAUUGUAAUGAAGAGAGGGCUUAUUUUGGAAUAUGACAAGCCUGAGGUUCUGCUAGAGCAAGAAGACAGUGUCUUUGCUUCUUUUGUACAAGCAGAUAAGUAAUAAAAACAUAUGAAGCAUUUUAAAGUACAGUUGUAUUAUUCAUAUUUUUUUAAAAUGUAAAUUACUUGUAAAUAAAUGAUUAUUUCUUAAUAAAACUGAGAUUUUUCUUUUUUUAAUAAAAGGAGCUAUUUCUCCAUCUGAAGGACUGAUGAAUUAUCCAUGUACUUUCCUUUUUGUAUGUUUUUUUUUUUUUUUUUUUUUUUUUGCUUCCAAAGAAUCAUAAAAUAUGGUUUAAAAAAAAAUGACCUGGAUGAAAUAUGACAAGAUAUACAUCAAACAUACAUGGCUAACAUGGAGUUUUUAUGCAACUCUUAAGCCUCUCCUGUUGUUUUAUUACCAUGUUAUUUUUUAUGCAUCAUAGCCUUACUGUAGAUAAUGCUCAUUAUUGACUAAAUGCAGAAGGAAAAUGAUAUACCAAAGGUAUUUCUCAAAAGCUUUUAUCUCUUUUAAUCAUAUGAUACUGUAAAGCUUUAAUAUCUAAAUAUAAAAUAUGUAAAACUUUU